UCUGUGUUGUAGUUUUGCAAUUUGAAAGUUGAUCUGCUGCGCACGCUUCUAAGAUUGCGACGGACAACAAAAGUUCACUGGUUGACCUUUGGCGGCUGGAGCUUCCAGUAUAAAUGACUGCAGUGCUACCACUGGCUUCGCAGACCUGACUGGUGUUUCUGCCGUUCUCACUGUGUGUGCGGGGAGAGAAGAAAGGGAGAGAGAGAGACAGGGGUACAAACCCAGGGGAUUCUAAACCUUUGGGCUCCAACCUGGGUCGGGGAUCUUUAGAUGACCGCCUAUUGUCGUGACAGUGCAUCAUUUCCCCUCUUUUCGACUGUUCAGAACGAUGACGACCAAAAACACUGGGAGUUUUUUUCAAGAAACACCAACUCACUUCACGAGAAAUGACAGCUGCAAGGCGGAUUGUGCAAACUGUUCUAAGCGAUACCACAGUGAGAACCGUGCGCUAGGGCGUCAAAUGUGUGCACGGGGACAUUUGCAGCAGACGACUGUCGAUGGGAUGUUUGAAACAAGCAAAGCCCCUGGCAGGCCAGCAAAACACUGUACAGACCGCAAUAGCUCUGGAAACACGUUCCAGCUGGGACCUUCAAACUUUCGUUUACUGCAUCUUUUUGUAGUUACCAUCUGCCUCAUAGACCAGGGCGUAUGUAAGGUUAUCGGCAGUGCGUCAGAGUCAGCAGCAGUAAGAGAAGCAGAGAGUCAAUACAGAAAUAUUCUGUCAAGGAAAGAAAACACGACUGACUUUAACAUCAUUCUUCCAUACCUCAGUGACUUACAGGGGAGAUUUCUCUCCAGUGAUUUGCAAAACAUUCCAAAUUUGGUAAACCCGAACAAGGAAGGAGGCCAUAAUACCAAAAGCAAAAGAAGCAUCCAGAACGAAGACGUCAAUAUUGCGUUUAAUGUGAGAGGAGAAAUAGUAUUACUUUCACUCUUCAAAACGGACGAUCUCAUUGCGCCAUCAGCCAUAUUGGAAUCUAAGGAAGACAAUGUCACAUUCGGUGGUGUCCUUCAGCAGGACUGUUAUUAUCAGGGACACGUGGAACACAGCUAUGACUCCUAUGUGGCUCUAAGCACUUGUGACGGCUUGCUUGGAAUCAUUCGGACAGAUGAAGAAGAAUACCUUGUCCAGCCAUUGCCUUCAAGAUCUAAAGAGGGGCGACCUCACGUCCUUAAGAAGCUGCCUCACCCAAAAGGCAAGGCCACUGGGCACAAAGCUGUUUCAGAUGAAGUCAGUGACAAGCACCGAAGAAAGAAGAGAGCAUACGGUGACAAAUAUCUGGGAAUUAUGCUGGUUGCCGAUCAAAGCGUCGUAGACUUCCAUGGGAGUAAAAAGAAAGCGAAAACCUACCUACUAACGUUGAUGAAUAUUAUGAACUCGGUUUACCGCCACAAUACUUUGGGUGUGCGCAUCAACGUCGUGGUGGCCAGGGUAGUGUUUCUGGAUUCUUAUCAGGCUAAUGCAAUUCUUUACCGUGGUAACGCUAGACAUACCCUAGACAGGUUUUGUAAGUGGGUUCAAUUAAAUCGUCCUCGGAAUCCAAAUGACCCAACGAACCAUGAUCACGCCAUCUACUUGACAAGGGACAAUCUAGGACCAGCCGGGUACGCACCAGUAACAGGAAUGUGCCAGCCAGACCGCAGUUGCGCAGUCACUAAAGAUGAUGGUCUGACGUCGGCUUUCGUCAUGGCCCACGAGACGGGUCACGUGUUUGGAAUGCUGCACGAUGGACAAGGAAACAACUGUGAUGGCAGUGGAGAAUCUAUCAUGGCACCUCUAGUGCAGUCGACAUUUUCAAGAUACUACUGGUCCUCUUGCAGCGCGCACGAACUAAAACUUCGCUUUCACGAGUAUACCUGCCUUGAUGAUAACCCGUUUAGGCCCCCGACGGCUAGUGUUGCUGAUCCCAUGGGCCAGAACUGGGAUAUGGAUGAACAAUGCAGGCAGGAGUUUGGAGAGGGAUACGGCCUUUGCAAAGCAUUCCAUCACGUCGAUCCAUGCCAGUAUUUGUGGUGUGCUACACAUGACAACCCCUUACUCUGUAAAACCAAGAAAGGACCACCCCUUCCAGGGACCGAAUGCAAACCUGGCUACUGGUGCAUGAAUGAACGUUGCGAGCCAAAGGGCACCAGCACGGUCAGUCGUAUUGAGGAUGUAGACAUCCACGGCGCCUGGACCACGUGGUCGGAGUGGUCGUAUUGCACACAGACCUGUGGCGGAGGGAUACGUCUGAGGUCACGGUCAUGUGACAAUCCUGAACCGGACAGAAAGUCAAAGGAAUGUGAAGGCUUUGAUACAGAGCACGAAAUAUGCAAUCAAAAUGAAUGUGAAAAACUGGUAGACGUUCGUUCAGAGUUAUGUAAGAAGAAAAGUCCGUGGCACAACAACAAACACCAUGCAUGGGCGACAUUCCAAAGCAAAUACAAGUCUAACCAGUGCAAACUGAAUUGUGUAUCUGUUGAAUCUGGCGAGAUUGUCGUCUCCGAAGAUGUCCCAGAUGGCACCCCAUGUACCUAUGAAACACCAUACCACAGGUGUAUUGAUGGAGAGUGCAGGGAGUUUGGUUGUGACGGAAUUCAAGGCUCCAAGAAAAAACCUGAUAAGUGCGGUGUCUGCGAGGGUACGGGAUCGGACUGCAGAGACGUGAAAGGCAAAUACAAGGAAACACCAAAAGAUGGGUACAGGACUGUUGUAAAAUUACCUAAAGGAUCUAGGAACAUCGAGAUCAAACGAAGAGUAUAUUCGGCACACUUUCUUGCUCUAAAAGACGGUAAAACGGGUAAAUAUUUGCUCAACGGAAAGAAACGGCAGGAGUAUUCUACCAAAGAUAUCAUAGCCUAUGGCUCUAGGCUUGUUUACACUAACGACGCACGUACCGAGAGCAUUAAGGGCACCGGACCGCUUGGAGAAGAAUUUUUUGUCAUGGUGUAUCCUAUGCACUCUAAUACCCCCACCCCCGUGGACAUAGAUUAUCAGUUUACGGUGUCCAAAGAGGAACAAACAAACAAAAUAUCGGGGACCGUGUCAAAACGAUAUCGUUGGAAGUUUGAUCACUGGACGGAAUGUUCCGAGGAAUGCGGAGGAGGGACUACCCACAUUGAGUAUCAGUGCAGAGACGUCUAUGAUAAUUUGAAAGCCGAUGCUGAAAAAUGUGCCGGCGUUCAAAAACCUGACGAUUACAGAAGGGAAUGCAACAAAUCGCCAUGUGUGGAUGCAAGGUGGGAAGCGUCUCCGUGGGAGGAAUGUUCCGCCACAUGCGGCAACUCAGGAACGCAAAUCAGAAUUGUUAGCUGCACGAAGAACGAAGGAGAAAAAGUAAAAGAAGUCAGCCCACAUUUUUGCAAGAAAUCGCGCAAACCAGAACAGGAGAAGCCUUGCAACAGGAGGGCUUGCCCAGGAGAAUGGUCAACUGAAGAGUGGUCUAAGUGCUCCUCAACCUGUGAUACGGGUGUACAAACUCGACGAGUAUACUGUGAUACUAAAGACUCUAGAGGCGUUGAGAACUGUAACGGUAGGCGACCCCCGGACACCAAAAUUUGCCACCGAAAACCAUGUCCAGGCACACUCGUCCCGUCGAAGAAGGAAGAUAAUUUGAUUGGUGAGGACCAUACGCCUGUCAACUUGCCCGACAGCAAUGUCGUCAAUAGUGUCCUUAAUGACAGGUAUACUUGGCGCUUCGACGAGUGGACCGAGUGCACCAGAUCGUGUGGAACUGGUACUCAACAUAUAGUUUACCUGUGUAAAGAUAAGUACUACCAAAAGGCUGUGGUUGAAUCGCACUGCUCUCAUCUAGAAAAACCGGACCCAGAUUUGCGGCCUUGCAACCAGUUUGGGUGUCCGGAGACACGGUGGAUCGCAGGAAACUGGAGCGAGUGUACGAAAACUUGUGGUAGGGGAUUGCAAUCAAGACCUUUAGCCUGCCUCAUCAGUCAUGAGGGGGAGGAUGUCGCUACCAGUCAUGCCAUGUGCAUUGACAUAGAACCGCCGGAGACAAUUCGGGAAUGCAAUCGUGAGAUUCCGUGUCCAACCCCGACGACGACCACCACCACCUUACCUCCACCCACCCACCCGCCCAUGGUGACCAGCACAGAGUAUUUCAUCUACAGAUGGGUCAGUAGAGGCUGGAGCCCAUGCAGCACCACGUGCGGAGAGGGCAUAGAGACAAAGUUUGUCCUCUGUGUGAAGGUUUCUUCGCAAGAAGAGGUAGAGGUUGACAGCGACCUGUGCGAACCAGGCGAAAAGCCGUCCGCGGAGGAGAGGCCUUGCUCCAUUGCUCCGUGUGUGGAACCAGUUAAGAAUAUCUAUCUUUGGAAGGUAGGGGAAUGGGAGGCAUGUUCUGUCACCUGCGGAGAUGGAGGCGUGCAGGAUAGGCAAGUCAACUGCUGGCAGAUAGACGGGCGGACUGGAACUGAGACGCAAACUAACCCCUUUAACUGCGACUCGGAUGACGAGCCAUCUUCACGCCAAGACUGCCACCUAUCGCCUUGUCCGAUCAACUACACUUAUAGUUGGGACAUCGGCGAUUGGCAAUCUUGCUCCGCCUCGUGUGGAGACGAUGGAAUUCAAACAAGAAAAAUACUCUGCAAACGAAGAGACAUGGAAAGUGGCGAAGAAAUACAUAUUGACGAUGUGUCACGUUGUUCUGAAACAAGCAAACCAGACCAAGUUCAAGGCUGCAAUAGAAACCCUUGCCCGGUUAAUUAUGAAUACAGUUGGGCCACGGAGUCGUGGUCCAGGUGUUCUCAGUCUUGCGGAGACAGCGGAGUUCAGAAUCGCCACAUUCAUUGUCUACGUUUAAACACUGAAACCGGCCGAGAGUCGAUCACAGACAACAUAUAUUGCAAUGGUAACGAGAAGCCAGACGCUACGCGAGCUUGUAAUCGUAGGCGCUGCCCCUACGUCUUAUGGUCCUAUGGAGACUGGUCUCGCUGCUCAGCGUCGUGUGGAGACACGGGCGUUUACGAAAGGCGCGUUUUCUGUGAGAGAGUGGAUCCGAGCACUGGGAAACGAACUGAGGUGGACAUUACGGACUGUUACGACCAAACCAAACCAGUGGCCAAACAGCCGUGUAAUAGAAUCAACUGCCCGAGGUCCACCACGCCAUUAACCACAACAACAGAAAGGCCCAUCUCCUACAAAUGGAAAACCAAAACCUGGAGUGACUGUUCUGCGACAUGUGGCAACAACGGUUUACAGGAGCGUUUCGUGAACUGUGUUCAGGUUUACGGCGGACAGGAAGUCGUCACCAGGGCGGACUCGUGCGUAGCCGAGGAGAAACCCGAGGAUAAACAGCCGUGCAACCGUGUGGCAUGCCCGGCACCAUGGAGAACCACCAAGUGGUCGCAGUGUUCGGUAACUUGUGGUACCGGGAAGCAAACACGAGACGUGUUCUGUGACAUCCCUACACCAAAUUAUGGAAUACCGUACUCCUGCUUUGGAAAGAAACCACCUAUUUCUAAACAGUGCCAACUGGAGUCGUGUGACGCUGCUCCAACAACACCGAAGCCACCAUGUAACGGCGACAAGUCUAAAUUCUUCUGCAAGCUGGUUACGGCAAGAGCAAAGGAGCAUUGUAGAUUGCAGGCAUAUUAUAAUAUGUGCUGUGCAUCCUGUGACAAAUUUGAAAGAACACACUGAAUCAUAUGCCAGUCGCAUAAGGCACUGAGCUUAACUAAGCUAAUUUAUAACACAGCAUUGCCAGAAGCUUACGGCGUCAGUUAUUUUCUAUGUGGACUUUUACUUUCAAGAUAUAGAUGUUUAUUUUUUACCAUCGAGUUGGUUCAUAUAUAUACAUACAUGGUUGAGUAGGAAUGAUUAGUUGUUUAAAAUAUGCAAAAGGGAAUUGUGUGGAAUAAGAAUUCCUUUCCGUCUAUUUGUGCUUUUCACAAUAAAGGCAUGCUAAAGGUA